AAGCCGAUAUCCUUUAUGAAACACAAUAUAUGUAUAAAAUGUCGAAAGCUAAAAAAGGCGUUGUGUGGGAAGACCGUGAAGUGUUAUUUGAUCUACCUUUUGAUUUUCUAAAACUUCGAGCUGGAGAGAAGGUAUUUGACAGAAUAGAACCGAUAGAAGAUACGAAGGGAAACAGUGGCAUGAAAGGAAGACUUGUGGUCACGAAUUUGAGGAUUAUCUGGCAUUCUCUGGGUUCUCCCCGGAUUAACCUGUCCAUUGGUCUCAACUGUUUUCUAUCAACAAACACAAAGAUCGUCAACUCCGGUCUGAGAGGCACAACACAGGCGUUGUACGUGUUAGCUGGCUACAGAACAAAUAAAUACGAAUUUGUAUUCACUAACCUGUCUCCGAACUGUGUGAGGCAUUACACGUCCGUUGUUGGUGUUCAUAAAUCAUACGCAGUGUCAAGAUUGUAUCGCGAUCUGAAACUAAGAGGAGCAUUUAUACAUAAUAAACAAUUACGAGUAUUGCCACUUGAAAAGAUUAGCCUCAACGAGUCUGGUAUUUGGAACCUUUCAAGCGAAUCUGGUAACUUGGGAACGAUGAUAGUGAGCAAUGUACGGAUCGUCUGGUACGCAGACAUUAACGACGCAUUUAACAUAUCGAUGCCGUAUAUAACUAUUGAAAGUAUCGCAAUCCGAGAUUCAAAAUUCGGCGAAGCAUUGGUCAUAGUAAUCCGAGCUACAUCUGGUGGUUAUGUGCUGGGCUUCCGAGCUGAUCCGAAAGAGAAACUUCGACCAUUACUCACUGAGCUUCAGACCUUACAUCAAGCAUACACUGAAAGACCGGUGUUUGGUGUUGAAAUGAACUGGGGAACUGAGGUGGCCAAACCGUCUCAUGAUUUCAUAGAAGAGUUGGAAGAGAUCGGCGAACCUCGCGGUGAAAUGGGACCGAGUUUGUAUUUGGCAUCACAACAAGCGCAUUCCAGAGAAGAUUCGGAAAUUCAACCUGUAUAUAACUCGUACUUAGGCUUAGCAAUUGAGCCCUUGAAAGAUGGUUUUACGUUAAAAAGCCUCUUUGAAGUUCAAACUUCAUCUUAAAC